AUGAAAAUAAAGAAUGUUUUAGUAAAUUGUUCCAAAUGGUUGUAAGUAUUGAGCAGUACAAAUAACGUUUAUUGCAUGGACAAUAAAUCGAGCACAGCAAGUUCAAGAUUUUUCUGUGUAUAAGAAUCUGCCCAUUCAUUGAGCCAGAUACCUACAAUGAGUUCACUAAAAAGGUAGUUAUUAAAAAUAUAGUUAAUAAUAUUGCAUUUGUAAAUAUAGAUGGUUGGUUGGCUAAGAGCCGUGUUGAUAUUUCUCAAUUGUCAAUUUUACGCACAAUUUCUCGUUUUCACAGUUUCUACUCGUGUUCAUAGAACUGUAAAUCAACACGGAAAAUCUUUAAUAUUUGUUAAUUAAAUACUGAUAAGGAAUGACAAGAUAUGAUCUGUCUUAAAGGCACAAUGAAAUGCAGCUGGAAAAAGGAAGCUCUUUGAAAUAAAUUUUUUUAAGCGGUUAAGUGUCAACAAUUUUGCGUUGUUUUCAGUGAAUGCCCUUCAUAUUUGGAUUGAUUCUGCAUGAUUUCAACCUGCAGGAUGUUCAGUUCUCCCUUUCCUUUAACUCUACGUACUACCGACUACUCACACAUAACCACGGAUAAGAUAACUGGUAUAAGUAUACCACUACUAAUAUAAGUAUAUAAAAGUUAUUGUGUAUUAAUUAACCUGUCGGAGAAUAGCAAAACAUCACCAGCUUAUGAGAGUGUAACUUAGUAGGCCAAAUACUGUGAAAACCGAAAUGACUGGUACAAUCUUGUGUUCACAUUGUUACACAUUCUGGAAAGGAGUACCAAACCUUAAAAUGUGUAUAUAAUCCUACAAAUUUUGUUUUGUUCAUUUAGAAAGCAAUCACCUUCACAAUGGGCCGAUGUUAUAUCACUCGAUUAUAUUGUCGAUGGGCAAUUACUCACGGAGUUAGACGAAGACGAAACAGUAUCAUUGAAUUUUUCACAAAGUAUCAAAACAGCAGGAAAUCGGGUAAGGAUGCAAAACAUUAAAGGAAAGAGCAUAUAUAUAUAUGCAAUUAUUGUUAAAUUAAAUUUUCAUAACUAUAAUAACUAAUUUGUAUUAAAACGUUUUUUCAACUAGUAAUCUAUAUACAGUCAGAUAUAAUUUUAGUUGUGCCCAAAUUUGUCUAGCCUGCAAACAGGCUCUCAAGAUAGGUUUAGCCUACAUUCCUUAUGCAAAAGUGUUAAUUCUGUUUGGGCUCUCUUUUUGUUACUGACAUUGUUGCGAUUUUCUCAUAGAUAUAUCGUUUAGAAUUUUCACUCCUUUGAUUUAUUAACAUAAUGUCUUAGUGGAAUUUUAGUGCUUGUCAUGUUUUUUGCACAUACAUAACGCAUAAAUAAAAAAUAUUAAAAAUUCGAAUCAUUGCCAAAAUCAUUCUGAAUAUGAUAUUUCAAAGCUUUCCUUUAAUUCAGAUUUCUGAAUUGCUCAAUUUAGAUAUUUUGUAUGUUUUUGGAUGGAAUUGAAUGGAGUAAUGAAGGAAUGAAACUUGGUUCGACUGACCAAGAAAGUGUUGAAUGCGUAACCAAUCAUUUAUCAAGCUUCGCAAUGGUUGUUCUUGAUGCAGAGGUACAUCCACUUGUCUCAUUGUCUGUAGGAUAACGUCUAUAAUAUUGUAAGUACAAUAUAAGCAUUGCAUUAAUUUAGGAAUCCAACUCUUGCCAUUUGCAGUGCUUCAGAGUUGAAUGAAUAAUUGUGUAAGAAGGUACAGGCUUUUGUGAACGAAAAAUUCUUGAUAAUUUCGGACCCAAAACGUGCCUUCACUGCAAUGUCAUUACGUAUAUUUUUUUGUUAAAAAUCGAAAUAUACGCACCACCACCACCCCCCCCCCCUUCCUACCCAGCUGGGGGUAGGAAGGGCGCGGGUGGUGGUGGUGGUGGUGGUUAGCAAUCAUUCUCCACAUGGCAACAUCAUGUAAUAGUUUUUAUACUACAUCCUUCAUCUUGAAAUAGCUCAAGUAAGUGCUACAAAAAUAGCAACGAUUUAUUGUCAUUUCUAAUAAAGUUCGUAUUCAUGGUCUGUAAACCUACGUUUAUUCGAGCAUUUACUGUAAGUUGCGUGCUGUUUUGAGAGUUAGUUGGUGCUCAAGCACCGUUUUUUUCAUAGCUAUUAUUAAUGUAAAUAUUUUAAGAAAUGUUUAUAGUUUGUAACGGGGGAGUGCCUCGCAUGGGACUUUAAGUCCAAUAAAUUGAUUUAAAUGAAAAAAAGACAAAAAAAAACAAUUUUGUGUAUUUUGCAGUCAAGGGAAGCCGACAGAAUUGCUUUGAAGUUCAUCAGUUAUAUUGGAUCUGGACUUUCACUGGCUGGCCUGGUUUUCACAUGUGUUGUCUAUAUUGUUCUAUAGUAAGUACCAGUCGGUGAAGGACAUUAAAGGAGAAGCUGUGUUGACCGUAAUGGGAAACUGAAGCCAUGCAUCAAUUGGUUUUGAAUUUGGUUUCAAAGAAACUAUACCACAAGCAAAUAACGUUAACAAUUAUAAAACCAUAGAUUAAAGAAUAAGACUUUUAGCACAAAUUUAAAAGUAUUUAACUCUAAUACAACUUUUUUAGAACUCUCGACUUACUUUCGUGUGUCUUGAUUACUUUAGCCUGUCUAAAAGCUAAAACUGUGACAAGUCCACAGAAAUACAGAGCCCUGUUUCUGAAAUGUAUUUUUUAAAUGUUCUAAGUGUACCAUAAAUUGGUAGAAUGCGCAUGCAUUAAUUAGUUACAUGCAUCUUCUACAAAUUUUAAUGGGAAAAUUCGACAAGAAUAGUAUUAAAUUUGACAUUAUAAUUCUGCGAUUAGCUAUUCUGCGAUUAUAAUUCUGCGAAGUGACAUGUGCGGAAGUGACUCAAGCAGCAUGCUGAAAUGACAUGAAAAUUUAUGUAAUUUGUCUUCUUUAUUUUUUGCCAAUUUCAGCAAAGAUCUUCAGAUUUUGACCACCAGUCGUCACCUGGUACAUUUCAACUUACAGAUUGCUUUAGGAUUGACACAGAUUGUUUUCCUCGCGGGAGGAAGUGCCACCAUAAUGUGGUUGGUAAUUUAA